GUUCACUCGCACUGCGUGGGCGUGCGCGCAGGCAUCGUGGUGUGCUACGCCUGCGUGCACGACUUUGACGCAGCCCGUGCGCAGGCGCGCUUCCGGGCAUCUGCCCAGGGCCUGGGCCGUGCCAUGGGCUGCGGCGGCGCGUUGGCAGGCCAGGCGAUCGGAGCAGCUGCGACGGGCGCGCUGGGCGGCGCUGCGCGGCUCGCGAUAGGGGAGUACGACAUCUCCGACGCUGGGUCCGGCCGCGAGGUGCCCACGCACGGCGAGUCUGGACAGGACGUGUCCUCAGAGCUUCUUGCAGAGCUCAGGUCCACGCGUGCAGAGAUGAGGGCGCUGCGCGCUGAGAAUGAGCAGCUGCGCGCCGAAGCUGCGAGCGCCGUGUCCGCGCGUUCAGGGGCCUCUGUCAGCCCUGAGGCCUUCGGGGCAGGUGGUGGAGUCGACGUCCAGCAGGGGCAUGGCGCCACAGACAUCGACGAGCUCUACGACCAGGUGGCUGCGGCAGCUGCGACGACCCUCCUGGACUUCGUGGUGAUCGAGGUCGUGAUGAUGGGCGUAAAGAUCAGCAGGAUGGAGGGGGCGAUGAAACUGUUGGAGGUGCUCCCCAACAGCCGCCUCAAGCAGGUGCUGCCGGAACAGGCUCGGGCGGCAGGCCAGGGCCGAUCCAGGGUUCGAGCGGCGACCCUGGCGCAGCAGGCAGCGGCCCUGCUGGCAGCUACCCAAGGUCCGCGGCCCCAGGAGGCGGACUCGGACCAAGUGGAUUUCCUCACGGAUUCGGUGGGCCCGGCGCCCCAGGAGGCGGGUUCGGGCCAAGUGGGCAGCCUCGCGGCUUUGGUGGACCUGGGGGCCCUGGCGGUGGAGGCUUCGGAGGACCAGGAGAACGUGCUGGCCAGGAUCAAGGCCUCCGACUUGCCCGUGCUGACCUUCGGCAAGGGGUGCAGUGCGGGCCAGAAGGCGGCCAUCUUCGACAGGUGGCUGCAGCGGAUCACCCUCGACCUGGGGGGCCUCCAUCAUUUGAUCGAGGCUUACUGGGCACGCGUGGUAGCGGUGGUCAGCGAGGCUCAUCGCAGCUACCUGUCCCAUGGCCCCCUGCAGCGCCCGGGGAUUCGGCCAUCCCAGCUGGUGAUUUGGAUCGCGGCGGAGGCUGAGGCGAUCAACUUUAGCAGUUGUGAGCUUCGCCUUCGAAGUCUUCUUCUCCACCUCAUGCCUGCUGGCGUCACGUCGCAGUGCCUUGCGACGAGGAUGACUUCGACCGUGGACAUCCUGUUCGGCGCCUUCGUGGAGGCAGGGCCCGGGACCUCUGCCGACAAGGACUACACCCUCGACGCGGUCUCGAAGGGGCGCGCCGUCGAGAAGCAGAACACCUGCGAGGAGCUACAGCGCUGGAUGCUGAACGUCACGCGGUUGGCCUCCCUCGGCGUGAACGCGCCGGACCCUUCGGUGCAGCUCACGACCUUGAAGACGAUCGUGGCGAAGAUGGUGGAGAGCGACCAGGAGGUGAAGCACAGGUACUAUGGCUUCCUCGUGUUCCAUGGUCUCUCCGGCGGCGUCUGCACGCAGGCGCAGGUUGACGAAUUGUGGCGCUACCUCAGCGCCGAAGCCCGCGAGUUCGCAGGUGGUGCGAGCAGCGAGGGUAGCAAGAGCGAGGCAGCUCGA